AUGGAUUUGCUCGCAGAACUUGAAACCAUGGCCGUCAAUGUCACAGAGGAAGAAGAGAUGAUCUCUGAUGCAGACGUGCGGAGGUGGCAAAACCUAUUCGGCCUCACUCGACUAGAGAGCUCCAAAGCCAUCGAGACAUACCAUGGAGACUACUCACGAGCGAGGAUCGCCGAUGAGCACUGGGACGCAGUCAAAUCAGAGCAGGAGGCCAAGGGCCACAACAGAGAGUCGUACGAGUAUUCUCUCACCCAGACGCGCAAAGGCACCAAGUUGUUCUCAACACCCGUUGAACGAGGAAGCUUUAUAGUCCAACUAGCCGGACCUCUCGACACCGCUGAAAGAAUCCAAGAAGCUGCCGCACUCAGCCAAGUUCCGCCACUAGCCACUGGGUCUGGAGAAGACGGAGAGGCACAAUUCUGCGAGAUCGAUGGCGCCGCAAAAUUUCGACUCCUCGCUUGGCUAGCAAAGCACCACGGCGACUUCCAUCCGACCAUCGUCCGGCUCUCGAAGGCCAAGAAGGACCUUUGCUCGCAUACUCAAGCACCAAUGCUGGCAAUGGAGCUCACCCUCCCACAACACCGACCAUACCACGCCUCUUUCGAGCCAACGCCCCUGCCGGACCAAUAUCCCGUGUGGUAUUUCUUCUACGGCACGUUGGCUGACCCCGCUGUUCUUUCUCAGCACUCAAAUCUGGACACAUCACCAUCGUACAUCCCAGCACACGUUGUCGGAGGCCGGGUACGAACUUGGGCGGGUAAAUACAGGGCAUUGACUGAUGCGCCUGGGGAGAAAGUGGAUGGAAGUGCUUUUCUCGUCGAGUCCCGGGACCAGGAGGACGCGUUGAGAUUCUACGAGACUGACAAGUAUGAAGUCGUGCGGUGCCACAUUACAAUGCAGACGGGAGUGGUGUGUGGACUUACUUUCCGCUUCAACGGCGCGGAACAUGAGUUGGAUUAG